AGUUUAGUUGCCAUUGACUUCAAAUAUUCCAAUCUGGAACAAGUUUGGAAGAAGUCCCAGAUGCUGAAGAAGCUAAAAUUUCUGAAUCUUAGUCAUUCUUUUAACUUGAGACAAACUCCAGACUUACCAAACCUUGAAAAAACUGUACAAGCCUUCAUUCACUUCCAAAAAGUCGUUAAAAACUCUCAUUUUGUCUGGAUGUUCAAAAAUUGACAAGUUGGAAGAGGAUAUAGAACAAAUGGUAUCUUUAACCACCUUGGUUGCAGAUAACACUGGUAUAACAAGAGUUCCUUUUGCUGUAGUGAGAUCAAAAAGCAUUGGAUUUAUUUCUUUGUGCGGCUAUGAAGGAUUCUCACGUGAUGUAUUUCCAUCAAUAAUACAAUACAGUCUUGGAUGUCUCCAACUAAUAAUAUUCUAUCCCAAGUUCGAGCAUCUGCUGCAGGGAUGUCCCUUAACCUCUUGGAUGAAGAAAAAAGUAGAUCCUAUGGUCUAUUACAUGCUCUAAAAGAUCUUUCCAAUCUUCAGCGCCUUUGGGUGAAGUGCGACUCAGAAGUUCAACUGAAUCAAAGUGUAGAAAGAAUUUUGGAUUCACUAAAAGCCACAAAUUGUGCAGAAUUAGAAAGAACACCAAGCACAUCUCAUGUCCCAAACAAUAGUUCUUCUGUAAUUGAUUGUCACAGCCAAGUUCGCAUUUCAGGGUCAAAAAAUUCCUCGACUUCUCUUUUGAUACAAAUGGGAAUGAAGUGUCGUGUCUCCAAUAUUCUCAAAGAAAUCAUUUUACAGAAAAAUUACCCCAUUGGGUCGGGUUUACUUCCAAGUGACAACUAUCCUGAUUGGUUAACAUUCAAUAGUGGAUGUUCUUCUGUAACUUUUGAAGUCCCUCAAGUGGAUGGGCGUAACUUGAAGGCAAUCAUGUGCAUUGUCUAUUCUUCUUCCUUAGACAACAUCACAUCAGAAGGCCUGAAAAAUUUGUUGUUGAUAAAUUGCACAAAGAACACCAUUCAGCUCUAUAAGAAAGAUGCUUUAGAUUCCUUCCAUGAAGAGAAGUGGCUGAAAGUAGUUUCAAAUAUAGAACCUGGUAAUGAAGUGAAGGUGGUUGUUGUUUUUGAGAAUGGAUUCACUGUGAAGAAGACAGUUGUUUAUCUCAUAUAUGAUGAACCAAUUGACAAAAAGGCAGAGCACUACCAUGAGCCAGAUAAGAAUGCUGCUAUUUCCGGUGGUGAUGAAAAUAGAUUUGUUAGGCUCUUUUCCAUACUUCCUGCCUGUGUGCGGGCCGUUCUGACUUCAAAGCCUUUCUGGUUGAUCGGUCUAGCUGUUAUCUUGAUUUGGUCUCGCUACUUCUCUAACCAGCGAAGGAGACAUAAACCCAUUUUAAGAGGUGGGAUGAAGAAAAUGAAUCAAUCUUUCUAUGAAAGAUGGGUUGAUGCAUACCAACAGGGCAUUUAUUCCAAGUACUUCAAAUUUCUAAAAGUCAUUGGACAAGUUUGCAAAACAAGACGCAUGAACUGAUUGAACACAAUGGUGUUUAAAGCCUUUCUGGUUCGGUCUGGCUGGUAUCUUGAUUGGGUCUUGCUGCUGAAAUGGAAUUGUAACCCCAUUUCAAGGUAAAUGUCCACUGACAGCGCUCAAGAAUCCAAUAAUCAAGUAGUAAGUGCUUAAACUCCCUCAGGUGAUGUCCACCUGGAUGUGAAGAAGUGGGAUGAAGAAAAAGAAUCAACCAUUCCAUUAUGGAUUGGUUGAUGCCACCAUCAGGGCAUUUAUUCUGAGUAUUUCAAAUUUCUGAAAGUCUUUGGACGAGAUUGAAAAGCAAGAUGAGCAGAAACUGAUUGAUGACAAUUAAUGGCAACAAGAAAGGGAGGAAAAGGCUAAACAGCGAGGAAUUGUCUUCCGAUCCAAAUUAGUCCAAGAUUCAAUGUCUUCCUUAGACCUUUGUGUCAUUUUAGUUGUUAGCUGUGUUUUACAUUUCGUUUUCUUUCAAGUCCACUUAUGUUAUAGGAAAAGGCUAUCGUCCAUUGUCAAUAGGAAAUUCUCAAGAAGAAAUGAAAUAGUUUCCUUUGACUUGAGAUUAUCAUAGUAAUUAACAAGUUAUUUAUUAUACUUUAAUUUGGGACAUGUAAUGUCCUAGGACGUUACUUGAAUGAAUAUUGGGUCUGAUUAAAUGCUUGUAGAAUUAAUGAUUAAUCAAGAUGGAAUCCAUCAACUUUUGGUUA